CCAUCGUGACGCAGAGUCAGCUGACUGCAGAGGAAGCUUCAAUCCUCCUCACGACCUUCAUCGCUUCGCUCUGUUCCUGCGGUUCUGUUCCAGGUUCUGCUCCCGGUUCUACCUCCAGAAUGGCCAGUCAGUCUCAGGGGAUCCAGCAGCUGCUGCAGGCUGAGAAGAGAGCGGCGGAAAAGGUGGCGGAGGCCCGGAAACGUAAGAACCGGCGUCUGAAGCAGGCGAAGGAGGAGGCCCAGGCUGAGAUUGAACAGUACCGCCUGCAGAGGGAGAAGGAGUUCAAGACCAAGGAAGCUGCUGCUCUCGGUUCCCAUGGUAACAGCGCCGUGGAGGUUGAUCGCGACACAGUGGAGAGGAUGGCUCGUAUCCAGGACAGUUACCGCGGCAACCGGGAGAAGGUGCUGAACGAGCUGCUGCGACACAUCUGCGACAUCCAGCCGGAGGUUCACGCCAACUAUCGCGUGGCCGGCUGAAAAGGGGGCGGAGCCACGUUCAAGGCCCCGAGGGGGGGCGGGGCUUGGUCCGGAUCUGUCGAUGUUAUAUUUCCUGUGCUUAUGUUUACAACGUAUUUAUAUUUUCAAAAAAUAAAACCUGUUUGUUGCUUUAAAUGCUUCCCGAUU